AAACAAUAUGGGAACAAAAUAAUAGGUAAAGAUUAAAAAAAAACAACACAAAAAUGCACCAAGUGAGAUAGAUACCUUUUAAUAUUCUCUUGAGCAAGGCAAAACAUGCAAGGCUGCAAGCAAUUCAUUACGCUAUGUAUAUGUCCGAACAAUAAAGAAAGGAAGCAAAAACCAAAAAGAAAAAAAAAGAAACUUGCAAACAAAGAGAAAACUUUCCAGAUUCCGACCAUGAUCGAAACCGUAUUCACAAGCCAGACUCUCACGGGCCUAAUCUCCGACAGAAAAUCCUUCGAAUCCAUCACCAACGACUAUUUCAAGAUCCUAGAUCUCGACGGAGACGGAACGCUAUCCCCGUCGGAGCUCCGGAAAGGUCUCAACCGCGUGGUGGCGGUGGAAUCGGAAGUUGCCUCUGGAGAGGAGACGGAUAGCGUGUACGAGGCGAUCUUCGAGAGGUUUGGGGAGAAUCUGGCUCCGGAGAAGUUCAGGGAUUUGAUAUCUGAGAUAUUGACGGCGAUGGCGAGGGCGUUUGGGGACUCGCCGGUGAUAAUGGUGGUACAUAGCGAUGGGUUGAUUAUGAAAGCUGUUCGUCACGAAUCGGAAAAAGGCAUGUGAGAGGGUUUUUUUUAUUUUUAGUAUUAUUAAUAUAAUAAUUCUGUAUUGCGUUUCUGAUUGGGAUUCUUGAAGUUGUUUACGGUUGAUUUUCUGUUCAGUUGUUUCUAUGAUUUGAAAUUUGAAAUUAGUGUUGUUUGAUUGAACAAGGAGAUACUACAUUGUAAGUUCCUCACAUUGUUUUUACUUAACAUCGGAUCUGGAGAUUGAACGGGUUAUUGUUCAAGUAAAAUGCUUUGCGGGUUUUGUGUAACAAUCAUGGUAUCUCAAUACAACUUUGUUUUUAACUUCUGAUACAACUUGUUUCCCA